AUGGCGCCCAAGGCGAUAAUAGCGCCCUCGAUCCUGUCGGCCGACUUCGCCCAGCUAGGUGCCGACUGCGCGAGGACUAUGGACCAGGGCGCCGACUGGCUUCAUAUCGAUAUCAUGGACGGCCACUUCGUACCGAAUAUCACGUUCGGCGCCCCGGUCGUGGCUAAGAUCCGGAAACACGUCGAUAAGCCUGUCGAGAACCACGGGCGCGGGACGUUCGACUGCCAUAUGAUGAUUGCCGAGCCUAAGAAAUGGGUCAAGGAGUUCCAAAAGGCAGGUUGCGAUCUAUACUGCUUCCACUACGAAGCCGCGUUCUCGAGCGCGGCCGAGAGCCCCGAGGCUAAGACGGACGAGAAGACGAAUCCGAAGGACCUGCUGCGGUAUAUACACGACUGCGGCUUGCUGGCUGGUAUUGCGUUGAAGCCGGCUACGGGCGUCGAGGUUUUGACUGAGCUGCUCGAGAGCCCGGAUCCGAAGGAGCGGCCUGAUAUGGUCCUCAUCAUGACGGUCGAGCCCGGCUUCGGCGGCCAGAAGUUCAUGGCGUCGGAGCUGCCCAAGGUGCAGGCGCUGCGCGAGAAGUACCCGGACCUGAACAUCGAGGUCGACGGCGGCCUGGGCCCCGGUACCAUCGACCAGGCGGCGGACGCGGGCGCCAAUGUCAUCGUUGCGGGGAGCGCUGUGUUUGGGGCUCGGGACCCGGCGGAGGUUAUCUCGUUGUUGAGGACGACUGUUGAUUCGAGGUCUGGGAAGUUGUGA